CUAAAAGAUAUACCUGCAAGACUUCUUGAAAAGCGGAGGCUUAGCCGAACAGGCAAGUCAUCUGGAAUACUGUACAACGUUAUCUCGGAGACUCAACCGAUCCAGCCUCUGAACAACGUGCGGUAGUCACUAUAAAACUGCCGUCAGUCUAACUCCUCAACAUAUGCAGAACACAUAAACUAAGGACAUUAUUUAUCUGUCAAACUGUAAAGCCCUAUAGCUUCUGGCCUGAACACUGAUGCAACAAGGCGUACCGAGAAACAGAAACAGUAGACACGAAUCGUACUGUCUGGCAAGUCGUGACAAGAGGAGUGAGGGACCAGCAUAGCAUGCACCUGGUCUAAAAAAGGAGCUACGUAGCUGUUCUGCUUAGCAGGCCAUAAUUUGUAGAAAGGGACUGUACACUUUAUUAGGCAGCCAAGAACUGACAGAAGCAGAACCGUGCUUCCAGGCGAGACCAGCAACUGGUCUGAACAUUUCGUAAGCCAGACAUAUCCAGAACAGAAACAGCAGCUGAGGACCGAGCUGCCUGUGUAGUCAUAACAAAGGCGCAGUACUUGACGUAAGUACCUAGACACUAGACGUAUCCAAACCAGGACCAGACAGAGCGAUGGCUGUCGGUAACAUGUCCCUGCUGAACGUCACGGCGGCCCAGACGCCCCUCCCCAUCCACGGCGCGCCGCUGGUCAGCCCGUCCCUGCCCUUCAUCCUGCCCGUGGUGUUCUCGGUGGUGUACGUGGUGGGGCUGGUCGGGAACGUCACCGUGCUGCUGUGUGUGGGCCGGCGGGGCGUCAGGAGCAGCAUGUGCGUGUACGUGCUCAGCCUAGCCACGGCAGACACCGUCUACCUGCUCGGGGGACCCUUCUUCCUCGCAUCGUUCCUGGUACAGCCCAGAUGGGUGAGUUAA